AUGGGUUUGUGUCAGGAAAGAUGGGUUUGUUGUAAGAAAGAUGGAUUUGUUGUAAGAAAAAACGGGUUUGUUGUCAGGAAAGAUAGGUUUGUUGUCAGUAAAAAUGGGUUUGUUGUCAGGAAAAAUGGGUUUGUUGUCAGGAAAGAUGGAUUUGUUGUCAGAAAAAUCGGGUUUGUUGUCAGGAAAGAUGGGAUUGUUGUCAGGAAAGAUGGACUUGUUGUAAGAAAAAACGGGUUUGUUGUCAGGAAAGAUGGGUUUGUUGUAAGAAAGAUGGACUUGUUGUAUGAAAAAACGGGUUUGUUGUCAGGAAAGAUAAGUUUGUUUCAGCAUCGACUGUGUCCACCUGGUAAAACAUCAUAUGAUUGUGGUAAAGGUUCUUGUUGUCGAGAUGAAAGACAGAGAGUUAUUUCCACCCAAAUUGGGGGCUUUAUCCAUAUGUUAGGAGGUCAGAAAGGAACCUGUACUGUUGGUAAAGCUCAGAAAGGGGAACUUUGUGAUUCAGCCUGCGACUGUGAUACCGGAUUGAAGUGUUAUCGUCCAAUGACCGGCAUGUGCUGUCUGCCAUCCACUUGUCAUGAUGAAAACUAUGUUAAAAAACAACAAGCCUAUUGGGCCAACUGUUUGAAAAACCCCAACUGCGCCUUUCCCAAAUAA